AUGGCGCCGGGCUCGAUAUGGUCGCGCCUACGAAUACCACCAUCCGGGCUAGCCCGAGCCGUCACUCUGAAUCUGAUGGGCUUCGCGACGUGGAUCCCCGUCAUUGCCUGGUUCAACAUGCACGUCGCAGAGCUGACGUUUGUGGACGGCUCGUCCAUGUACCCGUUCCUGAACGAGGACAAGGACUCGACGCUGCGGCGAGAUUUUUUUCUGAAUUACAAGUGGUCGCCGCAGGAAGGGUUGGAGAGAGGCAUGGUUGUCACAUUGAGGAGUCCGUAUAAUCCGGAGGUGGUUGCCGUAAAGAGGGUGGUUGCGCUUGAAGGAGAUGUGGUCAGGACCAAGAAGCCCUAUCCCAUACCGACGGUCAGGAUACCCCAGGGCCAUGUUUGGGUGGAAGGAGAUGGGCCGGCGGGAUCGAGCCUGGACAGCAAUACGUACGGACCUGUGUCGAAGCGCUUAUUGACGGGGAGGGUUACGCACAUUGUGUAUCCGUUGAGGAAGUUUGGGCAGGUGAGGUGGUGGGAGCAUGAGAGCAAGCUGGUGGAAUGA